CCGGGUUGACAGAGUGGGCGGAUCUCUUCAGAUGCUCCGUUAGACCGAGUAGCGGCGCUCAGUGCUUUCAGCCGGAGCGCAGCGCUUAUCCCGCGGACGGAGUGUCCUCGAUCUUCGGCCAGUUUACACCAUAAUUACCAGCGACCAGGCCGCCCCGCGCCCACUAAACUAACGGGUUAACAUUCCUCUCGGAACGAGACGGCGGAGUUAGAGAAAAGCGCUGUAUUUUACGCCAGCUCUCCGCUCGAUCAUGUUUGGGAUUAAUUUUUGAGGUACUGCGAUCUGAAGAUCACAUUUUUUCCAGCGCGUGGAGCCUCAGAACUGCACUGGGACGAAGCCAAAGGACUAAAGGCGGUCUCUCUUAACGUCUCGUGCGCUGUCGAAACGAGAAAAGGGAGCAUGCGUGAGUAACAGGUUUUUGUGGCGGGACCUCAAGCUCCUCCCCUCAUCUGGAGCCCCUGUGCUGUAUGAUACGAGGCCGCCUUCCUUCACACUCUCUGACCUCAGUUCAAAAGGUAUGAAGAUGAGGAAGUUUGCGUACUGUAAGGUGGUGCUGGCCACCUCUCUAGUGUGGGUGAUGCUAGACAUGUUCAUCCUCCUCUACUUCAGCGAAUGCAACAAAUGUGAUGACAAAAAAGAGAGAGGAUUGCCGGGGAGAGAGAUUGUGGUUCAAAGGCCUCAUGACGGCCCAGGGGAGAUGGGAAAGCCAGUGGUCAUCGCUAAAGACCAACAGGAGAGGAUGAAGGAAAUGUUUAAGAUAAACCAGUUUAACCUGAUGGCCAGUGAGAUGAUUGCACUCAACCGAUCUUUACCGGACGUGCGUCUCGAGGGGUGUAAAACAAAGGUGUAUCCAGACGAUCUCCCACGCACCAGUGUGGUGAUUGUGUUCCAUAAUGAAGCGUGGACCACUCUGCUCCGAACGGUCCAAAGCGUCAUCGACAGGUCACCGAGACACCUGUUAGAGGAAAUCGUGCUGGUGGAUGACUUCAGUGAGAGAGACUUCCUGAAGAAGCAGUUGGAGCAAUACGUGCGGAAGUUGGAGGUUCCUGUCAGGGUGAUACGGAUGGAGCAGCGUUCGGGCCUCAUUCGCGCUCGGUUGAAGGGGGCAUCCAUAUCCACAGGUCAAGUGAUUACCUUCCUGGAUGCCCACUGUGAAUGCACCACUGGUUGGCUAGAGCCUCUGCUUGCUCGCAUUAAACUUGACAAGAAGACCGUAGUGUGUCCCAUCAUUGAUGUGAUCAGCGAUGACACGUUUGAAUACAUGGCAGGCUCUGAUAUGACAUAUGGUGGGUUCAACUGGAAGCUGAACUUCCGCUGGUAUCCGGUACCACAGAGAGAGAUGGAUCGCAGGAAAGGAGACAGAACACUGCCUGUCAGGACCCGAUAUGAAGCCCGUGCUGAAGCAGUCUCAUAUGCAACAGUCCCAAUGGCAAAAAGUGUCUACCCUGACGCCCAAUACCACGGCCACUACUACUCGCUGGGAGAGAUCCGUAACGUGGAGACUAACCAGUGUCUGGAUAACAUGGCCAGGAAAGAAAAUGAAAAAGUGGGCAUUUUCAAUUGCCACGGCAUGGGCGGCAACCAGGUUUUCUCGUACACAGCCAAUAAAGAGAUCCGAACUGAUGACCUCUGUUUGGAUGUGUCUAAACUCAAUGGUCCAGUUAUGAUGCUCAAGUGCCAUCACUUGAAAGGCAACCAGCUCUGGGAAUAUGACCCUGUGAAGCUGAGCCUGGUGCAUGUGAACAGUAAUCAGUGUUUGGAUAAAGCGUCCGAAGAUGACAGUCAGGUGCCCAGCGUCAGGGACUGCACCGGGAGCCGCUCGCAGCAGUGGCUGCUCCGCAACGUCACACUGCCCGAGAUAUUCUGAGCUCGCACCCGGACGGACAGAUGAACAGACUCUCACACCGUCACUGAUGGAGAGAAUGUGAGAAAAAGGACUGCUUUCCUCUCAAUCCUGGUGGUCUGCCUUCAAAUGAUCUCAAAGAACAGAACCGCAUAUGUAUAUGAAUCUUCCCAUCACUCCACCUGGCAGAGGAAUGAACGAACGAUGGAGAGAAAGACUCGUGGAGAAAGAAACUUGAGUUUGAUGCCGUUAUCCUCCUCGUUCGAGGAGCUGCGGGCAUUUUGUUUAUGUUUACGAGAACGCCUCCCUUUUAGAGUAUCAGUGUGUGUUUAUGUGUGUGACGGGAAUGUGUGAGUAACAGUGUUUUCCACAGGAGUUUCACCCUUUUUCUUAAUUUAAAUAUUUUUCAAGCCUUGUAGAAAUGAAGGGUAUCUAGCACAUGAAGGAGAGGCUGAUGUGUGUCUGAGUGCAUGUGUGUGCAUGUGAGAUUUCAAGUGUGUCACAUAUCAGGAUGGAUCUCCUGUCUGUGGACAUUACAGUGGUUUGCUAUCCGUUUGAAGCAGGGGCUCCCCCUACAGGCCACCGACACACACUGACCUGUCCAUCAUUCUUCAUCUCAGCCAGUGGACUGCCAACAAUCAAUCCCCGUAUAGAUCUAUAAUCAAUGAAAAGGAUGACUGAUCAUCUAGGACGUUUUUCAUAUCAUCAGUGCUCAUGUCACUUUUUUUAAACCAGUGGUUGAUUAUUAAUUUUUUUUUUGUUUGUUUCUGCAUUUUUGAGUGCCACGUACAAGCACUUUUCACUUGUUUGGUGGUGUUAUUUUAUGUCAAGUCUGUCUCUUAAAGAUAUGAUGAUAAUUUAACAUGCAAUUUCAGGAUGGUCCUGAAUUGUUGCCUUCCUUUGGGUUCCAGCCCUUCAGCUGACAUGGUUUACCCAUAAGCACAUGGGUUGAUCGGGAAGAGAUGGAUCAUCUUCUGUCAUAUCAUCCAACAGUACAAGGGCUCGGUCUCACUGUGUACACGCACGAGAAAGAACACUUUCGUCUGAUAUCGUUCUUUGUUUACGUUCACUUCAAAAUUGUUACUGAUUUUGUGUAGAAUCAACGCAUUUGGCAUCUAAAGUAAAAGUAAUUUCAGCAUAUGUCUUUAAACAGUUUGAUAGCCUAAAGAGAUUGUCCUGCAUUUCAGAUUCAUGCAUUUCAUUCUUCUGAUUUUAUUUUCAAAUGAUCUAAGAUUUGAUUUGAGCUGUGAUGGUUGAAGAUGGUUGGGUAAUGAAAGUGAACCCCUGUUUUGAGAUUUGUCAUGUGGAAUUAGGAAUCAGUUUUUUUUUUCUCGACCCUGUCCAAAUACAUAAAUGAUCUGUACUCUUUGUGUCCUGGUCAUUAGUCCGGUUUUUAACUGGAUUUUCCAGUAGUAUUGAUAGAAACUAUGUGUACAAAAAAAAACAAAAACAAAAAAAUCUAAAUUGUAAGAUUCUAGAUUGUAAAAUAAAAGAUUGUAAAUUGUGAGAUUCUUAAUGUGGGACUGUAAAUGCACAUUCUAGAUUCUAAAUAAGAUUAUGAAGCGAUUCAAGAUUGCAAAUAAAAGCAGUUUCAAUGCAAAGGAUGGGUGAAGAUCUUGCAAGUAUUUGGACAGGGCCUCAAGAUCAUCUGUAGAGAUGUGUGAGUGUGAACAAGUGUGUGUGUGUUUAUAUUUGUCAAAGGGAUGUCUUGUUUUGUUUUGUUUCAUUGAUGAGGGUCUGGCCUGCUGAUUGGUGGGUUAGAGAGCCCUGUGUUAAGAUGAUCCACAGGCUGGAGAAAUAAACCACAGAAAGUUUACAGUC